GAGAGAACAAGAGAGAAAAAAAGAUUUGUGUCAUUUUCUAUAAGCGCCUUUUUGUAAGAAAUGUUAAUUUAGUAUUUAUAAAAUGAAGCAGAAGUAAAAAAUCAUUCAAUUUACAUAAUUUAUCUCUUUACAAUUUAUAUUUAUGAGUUGAAUGUUUUCUCUCGACGAUUUAUAAAUCAGUUAUUCUACUUUGAAUCUAUUCGUGCAAUGAAUUUAUAAUCGAGUCAAACACUUGUAAUCUAUCUUUUUGCGAUUAUGGAUAACACGAAGGAUUGCAGUAAUAACCCUUCUGAGAAGGACCCACUGGUUUUUCCUGAUCAGGAUCACAAAUUAAAUCUUAUUCAAACUUUUCUCAAGCAGUAUUCAGACAAGGAGACAAUAAGGGAAAGUACGUCAAUGCAUAUAGCCGAGGGACAGAAGGAAAUAGUUCUCUUCAUUGCAAAACGAGACAGUGAUGGAAACACUCUACUACACCUUGCGAUACAGGAAAACCAGACGAAGGUAUUCAAUCAAAUUAUCAAAGAAUGUAACGUAAACGCGAAAAAUAACAAGGGUGAAAGUCCCCUCCAUUAUGCUGCCGCUAAUAAUAGAGUUGAAUUUACAAAAGCUCUUGUGGAAAAUGGUGCCAUAGUUAACGUAGAAGACAAUGAUGGAAAAACACCACUUCACCUUGCUUUGACAAAUCAAAACGUUCAGUUAUCAGAAAUUCUGUUUGAGAAUCGCGCUGUUGUUAGUAAGAAAUAUUCUAAAGAAUCUGGACCUCUUUAUGAUGCUGCUAAAAGCGGGAAUUUAGAAAUGGUUAAAUUGCUAAUGAUGAACGGAUUCAAAACAGUCGAUGGUAAUGGAGACUCUAAUUGUCCUCUUGUGGCAGCAGUAUGGAACGGUCACUUAGAAGUUGUAAAAUAUCUAAUGAGGAAAGGCAAUAAGCACAUUAAAACCAUUACUGUAGAUCGUUUUGAAUUACUUAAAUAUUGUGUGAAACCAGAUCGAGCCGAUAUAUUUAAAUAUUUAGUCGAUGUGGGUGUGAAAACAACAAUAAUCAAUCUGUUAACUUAUGCUAGACAAUAUUGCUGCUAUAACGUUUGGAAAUAUUUAUUGACGUCUGGCUCUAAAGUGAAUGCAAAUACAUGUUCUCAAGAGACAGAGCUUCAUUGGGCUUUACGUGCAGGACAAAUGGAAACUGUUAAAAUAAUAGUGAAUAGUCCAGCAAACUAUUUUGAAAAUGACUCUCUAGUUUGCAAAUUAGCCGUUCAUAUUGCUGUUGAAAAUGGCAAUGAAGAUAUUCUAGAGCUUCUUCUAAAUGAGGGUUUUUCAUUUGAGGGUUGUUUUGAAAAUAUAAAACCUAUUCACGUUGCUGCAACAUUCGAGAGCACGAGGUUAGUAGAGUUACUCUUGAAAGCUGGAGCUGACAUUAAUUCAAUAGUUGAUCAUAGUCUCACCCCAUUGCAUUUCGCAGCAAGUACAGUACAGCCCACUGUUGUUAAGUUUCUAUUAGAAAAGGGUGCAGAUCCUCACAAGACGUGUGAUUAUGAUUCCUCACCAUUAACACAUGCGUUAGAUAUGCUUAAAGGACUAUAUGGAAACCAUCCGACUAUUAGUACUCUAAUGUACAAAAAUAUUUUAAAAAUUAUGGAAAUGCUUAUCCCGAAAGUAGCAGUAACACCAGAUUACUGGAAUUACGCAAUUGAAAUAGAGGUUUCGAGAGACAAAAGUGACGCAAAAUCAGAGCAAGAUAUUAAUAAUUCAAAAUUUCAACUUGCAAUGAUUAAAAUCGUAUUUAAUUACCUAAAACAAGAUGAAGUGACAAGUUUAUCCCUAUGCGCUUUAAAUGGAAAGAAGGAUAAAUUAAUAGAUUCUCCUGAACUCUUACAUAUUGUUAUGGAAUACAAUGACUUAAAAUCUUGUUCUGAUAUCGAAAUUCGACUUUGGAAAAAUACCUACGAGUGUAAUUUACUUCUAAUCAGUUACGCCGACAGUGUUAAAAAUCUUACGAACAUAGAAAUUGAAUUUAAGGACGACGCAUCUUAUCAACUACACGGAAAAGAUAAAACCGUCUUCUUGAAACUAAUAAUCGCACGUCUAGUAUUGAUAGUCACUAAUUAUAACUCGAAAGUCGUCAAAUUUUGCAAGAAACACAAUUUAAAUGAUUGGAGAAAAGAAUGCAGAAAACAGAAAUUUAGCUUGCAAGAGACAAAAGUUGAUGAUAAUUUAAACUUAACUUUCUACGAUGUAUUAACUUUACCUGUCGGUAAAUUCGCAAAGUGCACAAGGAACGAGAGCUUUCUUCAAAACAUAGCAUCUUCCCACAGUAAGUUUCCAGCGUAUGCUGAAUUUUUGAGAGUCAGUAUCGAAAAAGGACAGAGAAGAAAUGAUUUAAUAAACGAUUGUGUGAAUCAUAUAAUCAGUCUGGUUGACAGAAGCUACAAAAUUCGAAUUUCAAAAUCCGAUAUCCAUGAAAUCUUUCACUAUCUUUCCGUAUUUGAUUUACGAAGAUUUUCAGCAGCGUGCUCAACAAAUUUUUUCAGAUUGUAAAAAAAUUAUUUUUCUAUAUGUAAUUUGUAGUUAUGAAUCUACAAAUCUCAUUAUGCUAUAUUGUUUAAGCAAAAUUUAAUGUCAGAAUGAAAAUAUUUUGUUAAAAAACAAAUAAAAUGUAUUG